AUGCGUCUCUCCGGGAGGACGGUGCUUUUGGGGGCUCUGCUGGGGGUCCUGCUGGGGGUCCUGUGUGCAACAGAUGCCGUGGAGACAGUGGUCCGUCCCGACAGCGGCUCCUCCGUGACUGUUUUCACCGACCAAUCAGGGUGCGGCGUGUGUGAGGUCACCGGGGACAACGCCACGGAGACCAGCUGCCCCCCGUCCCUCGCCCUGACCCCGGGACAGGAAGUGAGGCUGCAGCUGACGUGCUCCGAGUCCGAGUCCACAGAGACCGCCUUCUCUGCCUCCAUCGCUCAGACCCUCGUGUGCUCCGCAGACUCCUGCAGCCCUGUGUCCGUGGCAGACUUCCUCUCAGACCUCCGUCGUGUUUACAGCUGGAAGAUCUCGGCUCCUCCCAGGACCUCAGUGAGACUAGACCCUGGAGGCCGAGGCCUGUCCAGGGGCCCCCAGCCCUGUGCAGACGGCCUGCAGCUCUCUGUGUCCACGUCCCUGGGCGGCGAGGAGCAGGCGUUCUGCAGGGGGGGGCCACUCUCGGCGCUGCAGGUGAAGGAUGGAGCCGUCCUGAAGAUUACAGUGGAUCCACUGACCUCAGUGGGACCAGGACUGUUCUCAGCCGAGCCUCUGAAAGGACGAGUGAUGGAGGUCUCAGUCAGUCCCGACACAGAGCUGGUCCUGGUCCCAAACCCGUCCGGUCCGCAGUGUGAGCUGUGCUACGGAGACGACUGCAGCGUCACCGGGACGACCAUCACCGGGACGACCGGCACAGACACCGGCAAGAGUCGGGUCCAGUUCAGCUGCUCCGAGCCUCAAGACGUCUACAGCAUCAAGAUCAAAGGGAAAACUGAGUGCACGGAGAGCUCGUGCACGCCUGAAGCUGCCGCGCUUGGUCCCGAUGACUUCAAAGGCUUCAAACGGACUGUGAUGUGGGAGCUCAACGCUCCGCCUAAAACCAGCCUCACCCUGGACUUCCUGGACUCGGGUCUGGAGGAGACCUCUGGGUCCUGUCCCGGGGGGGUCCAGUACUUCAUCAGCUCCAGUAAAACAGACGGACCCCCGAAGGAGAGCAGCUACUGCCCCACCACAACUCCAUCGACUCUGAAGCUGCACCAAAGAAGCUCCGUGGUUUUGGAGGCGGCGAAAGACCAAGAUCUGCCUCAGACGGUGUUCACGGUGGCGGCGCUCAGAGGAAGCCGGUUGCUCUUGGUGACCACGGACCCCGGCACGAAGGUGACCAUCAGCCGUGACCCUGACGGCGCCGACUGUGAAGUGUGCGUCAAAGACUCCAAACCGCCGUGUUCGCACAAACAGGUUCUGAGAGACCCUCGUAACGUGUCCGUGGAGUUCAGCUGCAACACGCCGCAGGAGCACUUCACCGUCGACAUCAUCCGCGACGUCGAGCCCAACCACAUGGAGCCCAACCACAUGGAGCCCAACCACAUGGAGCCAAACCACAUGGAGCCCAACCACAUGGAGCCAAACCACAUGGAGCCCAACCACAUGGAGCCCAACCACAUGGAGCCAAACCACAUGGAGCCAAACCACAUGGAGCCCAACCACAUGGAGCCAAACCACAUGGAGCCCAACCACAUGGAGCCCAACCACAUGGAGCCAAACCACAUGGAGCCCAACCACAUGGAGCCAAACCACAUGGAGCCAAACCACAUGGAGCCAAACCACAUGGAGCCAAACCACAUGGAGCCCAACCACAUGGAGCCCAACCACAUGGAGCCAAACCACAUGGAGCCCAACCACAUGGAGCCCAACCACAUGGAGCCCAACCACAUGGAGCCCAACCACAUGGAGCCAAACCACAUGGAGCCCAACCACAUGGAGCCCAACCACAUGGAGCCCAACCACAUGGAGCCCAACCACAUGGAGCCCAACCACAUGGAGCCCAACCACAUAGAGCCAAACCACAUGGAGCCAAACCACAUAGAGCCAAACCACAUGGAGCCAAACCACAUAGAGCCAAACCACGUGUACUGUGCAAAGACGUCUUGCUCCAGCGACAUCCUCUACACAAAGUUCUCCAAGUUCCGGGAGUUUAACCGCACUUUCAUCUGGGACCUGAAGGUGGUGCCGACCCAGGCCUUCCAGCUGGACUUCCCUGAGCCCGGGAUGAGACAGAUCCAGAACAAACACUCGUGUCCGGACGAGCACACGUACUCCGUGGUCACGUACCUGCGAACGGGACCGGCCACCAUCGGGACGUUCUGUAAGGGCGGCGCCGUGUCCUCUGUCCUGGUGCGCUACAAGGGACGCAUGUUUCUGGAGGUCCCUGCAAACACUGAACUGGACCCGGUGGACUUCAAGUUCAGCCACGGACCUCAGACGGACAUGGUGGCCAUUCUCAAAGUGAACCUUCCCAGAGGAGUUUCCAACACUACUUUCAUGACCCCCAACUUUCCAGGAGAUUUUCCGGACCAACAGGAAAUGCUCUGGGAUUUUGUUGUUCCCGGGAUGCACAACUACAGCAUGACUUUCACCGACUUCACUCUCCCAGAAUGCAUCAGUGAUGACGUCGUUGUGGAGUAUCUCAAACCGAAUAAAAAGAAAAGUAAAUCUGAUCUGAGCGACUCGCAGCCGAAGCAUCAACAAGGAAACUUCCAACUGGUCCUAAAGAACUGCGCCACCAACCGGACCCUGCAGGGACUGGCCCUGGACUUCACUGUGUCCCUGAUGAGGAGCGGGCACCCAGUCCUGUGCAGCGUGGACCUGUCCCAGCGUCGGUCUCUGUCGCUGCAGAUCCAGAAAGUUGGUUCUGAUCCGUUCUGUGAGAUCAGUAUCGACUCCAAACUACAAACACAGAUAAAUAUUGAGUCUGGAACCAAAGCUGCGCUGUCGUUUCUGGAGUGUCCCAACAAAGACCUGCAGCUGACGGCCACACAGGACAUCGAAUGCAUCUCGACCUCUUGCCUCCUCUUCGCCCCAAAGCUGGACAGCUGUUUGCCCAUGGCCCUGCACAGCGCCACCUGGAGGAUCAAUAUGGCCCAGGACCGCACCGUGGACCUGGCCUCGCCCACGGGGACCUUCUCUCAGUCUCUGCCCGGACACAACUGCAGCGGGGACGUGUCUCUGCAGCUGCGGGAGCUCCUGGGGGGGUCCCAGGGGGGGUCCAUGGGGGACUUCUGCUUCACCGGCCCCAUCCAGAAGGUCCAGGCUCACACCAACAUCUCGGUCACGGUCAAAACUAAAGACUUUAAUAAAUACAAAGGGCACUUCCUCAACGUGUCGUUCAGCCCCGAGAUCCCAGGUCAGUGA